CGAGUCAUAGGUAUUACGACAUAGGUAGAAGAGCGCCCCCGCAAACAUCGGGACUUCCCCACGGUUUGCCAGGCUUUAAACAGCGACGGGUUCCGCGGCCAAAGAUGCAUCGAGCGCUUGAGCCCGCCGCGUCUGGGGUCUGCCGAUCACGAACACCGCCGAGAUGUUGGGCAGCCAGUGGUUCUUCAGCUUGGUUUUUGCCCCUCUUAUUUAUGCAAGUGCAAAGGCCAGUGUGGCAGAACAAACCUAUCAACAUCAAGGCCGAACCUGCUCUCGUUGCCCUCCAGGCUCCUAUAUGAAGACACCUUGCACCAAAACCCAAGACACAGUUUGCGCCCCUUGCUCUGAAAAACAUUACACGCAGUUCUGGAAUUACUUACAGAAGUGUCAGUACUGCAAUAAUUUCUGCCAAGAAAACCAAUAUGUUAAGCAGGACUGCAAUCAGUACCACAACAGGGUGUGCGAAUGCAAGGACGGGUACUUCUUGGAGCACGAGUUCUGUAUGAAGCAGAAAGAAUGUCCUCCUGGAUUUGAAGUUCACACUCCAGGUACUCCACUAAGUGACACGGUUUGUGCAAAGUGUCCCUCGGGUUUCUUUUCAUCCGUGACGUCCACCACUGCGAAAUGUAAGAGACACACAAAUUGCUCUGAGCUGGGCUUAGAGCUGGAUAUUGCUGGUACGGCGUGGCAUGACAACUUGUGCAGCCCCUGCCAGCCGCACGACUCUGAAGGGGGUAUUUCGGUGUGUGAAGAAGCUCUUUUUCAUUUUGUGGCACGGCAGAAUAUCAAGCAAAAGAAAUUACUGCAGCUCAGAAAGGCACUCACCGACUCAACACAAGAUGACAUCCUGCAAAUAAAACAAGAUAAACAGCAGAUUUUGCCUUUAAUUAAAAAAUGGAAGAUGCGUCGUGGCGCAAACAUAUCUGCAGAGGACUUAGUGAAAGUUCUGAGGAAAGUUAAACUCAAUAAAAUUGCAAGAAAAGUUGCAAAAAAGUUCCUCAAAAAUGGAAGCAGUACAGACUGCUUCCCCAGAAUAUUAGGGAAGAAGGAAAUAUGAAUGCAGUUCUAGUAACUGUUUUAAAAGCCCAUUGCUUGUAUUCCUUCCUCAUUUUAUUUUUCCCAAGCAACUUUUCUAGUCAAAAAUGAGUCAUCAUUUGAGUCAGUCUGUUCAAAACUUAUAAAGUAUGAUAAAGUUGUGAAUGUUUCCAGGAUUGUAGAAUUGUGGGGACUAUUUGGUUAUCAUUUAAGAGUAGGCAGACAAGUUAACAGAAAGUAGACAACAAUUAAUCCAGUGUUGAGCAAUGAGUGGUCAAUGUGCAAUGGUGUUAAAUUAACCAAGAAUAAAUAUAUGUUGUGGUUAUAGUUUGAGCUAAUUUAGCGGAAAUACGGAUCAUCAUUGUUACCCAUAAAUAAUGUUGAUAAAGACAGAGUAAAACUUGCCAUUUGCAACUAAGACAAUAGAGAUAAUGUUGUCCUUUAUUUAUUGUUACGUACCCCGUAACUGGGUUGCCAAACCAGCAGAAAUGGAUCACUCAGUUGGAGUCUGGAGUACUAGAACUAAGAAAGUUUUAUUAAAGAAACAAGCAACACAGUAAUCUUAGAAACUUAGAAACUUAGAAAAUAGGUGCAGGAGUAGGCCAUUCGGCCCUUCGAGCCUGCACCGCCAUUUAUUAUGAUCAUGGCUGAUCAUCCAACUCAGAACCCAGUCUUCCCUCCAUACCCCCGACCCCUGUAGCCACAAGGGCCAUAUCUAACUUCCUUUUAAACAUAGCUAAUGAACUGGCCUCAACAGUUUGCUGUGGCAGAGAAUUCCACAGAUUCACCACUCUCUGUGUGAAGAAGUUUUUCCUAAUCUCGGUCCUAAAAGGCUUCCCCUCUAUCCUCAAACUGUGACCCCUCGUUCUGGACCUCCCCAACAUCGGGAACAAUCUUCCCGCAUCUAGCCUGUCCAAUCCCUUUAGGAUCUUAUACGUUUCAAUCAGAUCCCCCCUCAAUCUUCUAAAUUCCAACGAGUACAAGCCCAGUUCAUCCAGUCUUUCUUCAUAUGAAAGACCUGCCAUCCCAGGAAUCAAUCUGGUGAACCUUCUUUGUACUCCCUCUAUGGCAAAGAUGUCUUUCCUCAGAUUAGGGGACCAAAACUGCACACAAUACUCCAGGUGUGGUCUCACCAAGGCCUUGUACAACUGCAGUAGUACCUCCCUGCUCCUGUACUCGAAUCCUAUCGCUAUAAAUGCCAGCAUACCAUUCGCCUUUUUAACCGCCUGCUGUACCUGCAUGCCCACUUUCAAUGACUGGUGUAUAAUGACACCCAGGUCUCGUUGCACCUCCCCUUUUCCUAAUUGGCCACCAUUCAGAUAAUAAUCUGUUUUCCUAUUUUUGCCACCAAAGUGGAUAACCUCACAUUUAUCCACAUUAAAUUGCAUCUGCCAUGAAUUUGCCCACUCACCCAACCUAUCCAAGUCACCCUGCAUCCUCUUAGCAUCCUCCUCACAGCUAACACUGCCACCCAGCUUCGUGUCAUCCGCAAGCUUGGAGAUGCUGCAUUUAAUUCCCUCAUCCAAGUCAUUAAUACAUAUUGUAAACAACUGGGGUCCCAGCACUGAGCCUUGCGGUACCCCACUAGUCACCGCCUGCCAUUCUGAAAAGGUCCCGUUUAUUCCCACUCUUUGCUUCCUGUCUGCCAACCAAUUCUCCACCCUCACCAAUACCUUACCCCAAAUACCGUGUGCUUUAAUUUUGCACACUAAUCUCCUGUGUGCACUCUAGGAUGCAGACCAUCUGGCCCUGGGGAUUUAUCUGCCUUCAAUCCCUUCAAUUUACCUAACACCACUUCCCUACUAACAUGUAUUUCACUCAGUUCCUCCAUCUCACUGGACCCUCUGUCCCUUACUAUUUCUGGAAGAUUAUUUAUGUCCUCCUUA